AUUAAUUAAAGCAAUAGUUGUGCUACAUUAACCAGUACAGGAGAGGAGGUGGUGGGCCAUCUGCAACGAGAAACACGCCUCCUGAUGUCUCUCCGCCUCCUCCGAUUGGCCAGUGCUCACGGGGAAACUCCUCCCCCUGCUUCCUCAUGCCUCGACUCCAUCCGCAGCCCUCCACAGGUCUCCAGGGAGACGUACCGAGCGACAGGUCGGCCAUGAGGACUAGUCGCGUGCUGCUGCUCUGUUUUUGGCUGACGGGGGCGUGCCUUGCCCGCGGCGCCAAAGGCCCUGCCCCCUACUCGCAGGUGGGGGCGCUCACGGAGGGGCUGCUCCGCCUGCUGUCGGGCGCGGAGGAGAACGGGCGUUUCGUGGAGAGGGAGGGCGGGCGGGCGAACCGGGAGCUGCGCGGGUACGCCCGGACCCUGGCCCGUCUGAGCAGGCGGGCGGGGCGGGCGGACCGGCUUCGGGCGGGGCUGAGGAGGGAGCUCCAGGCGGGGGAAGCGUGGGAGGAGGGGCUCCGGAGAGGGGCGGAGGCGCUGCUGGGCCUGAUGGACCGGGACGCGGUGGAACGCAGGCUGACCCGGGUCCGAGAGGUCGUCCAGGCGAUUGAGGCGCCGGGCGCGGUCAGAACCGUGACCCUCAACGUCACUCUUCUGCAGGCUGAGAUGGAGGCUCAGGAUAAGCGGCUUUCUGAUCUGAGCCUAGAGGUGAUGAUUCAGGAUGGACUGGUGGCCCAGCAGGACCAGCGCAUUGCAGAGCUACAGGCAUCUGAGACCAGAGAGGAGCUGCAGGGAUUUUCAUAAAAGUGCCUUCAUUGUGAGAAAUUCAAUUCAGUCACGAGAGCACCCAAGACCACAGCCAACCUGCGUUUCUACCACCAAUAUCACAGCCAACCUGCGUUUCUACCACCAAUAUCACAGCCAACCUGCGUUUCUACCACCAAUAUCACAGCCAAGCUGCGUUUCUACCACCAAUAUCACAGCCAACCUGCGUUUCUACCACCAAUAUCACAGCCAAGCUGCGUUUCUACCACCAAUAUCACAGCCAACCUGCGUUUCUACCACCAUAUCACAGCCAACCUGCGUUUCUACACCAAUAUCACAGCCAACCUGCGUUUCUACCACCAAUAUCACAGCCAACCUGCGUUUCUACCACCAAUAUCACAGCCAACCUGCGUUUCUACCACCAAUAUUACAGCCUACCUGCGUUUCUACCACCAAUACCACAGCCAAGCUGUGUUUCUCCCACCAAUAUCACAGCCUACCUGUGUUUCUACCACAAAUGACAGCCUACCUGCAUUUCUACCACCAAUAACAACCAUACCUGCAUUUCUACCACCAAUAACAACCAUACCUGUGUUUCUACCACCAAUAUCACAGCCUACCUGUGUUUCUACCACCAAUAUCACAGCCUACCUGAGUUUCGACCAUCAAUAAUACAGCCUAACUGUGUUUCAAUUGCCACCAUAAAGCUUGUAAAUUUUACAGUCAGUUACAUCAUGGAAAGAUUUCUGUGCCAGUUCCCUAUCAUUAUCAUCCCUCUCUGAUGUAUCUGCGAGAGAGCAAACUGCAAGUUCAGCCGCAAUUUAAUCGCAUAUUCUAUUAUUUCAGACGGAGAGUCAGUGCUAUAAGACCACAGAGGAGGAGCGAUUGACCUGUACUGUUGACCGCAGGCCAACUGUUAUAAAGGUCACACCAGGGAGACUCUAGAAGAAGAAGGCCAGUUCCUGGCAGACCUCAAGGCCUCGAACAGACCACAGGAGUUCUGUCCGACAAAGCAUUCCUAAACAAAGCCACAAUAACAUGAACUAUAGCCUACAUGCGCACGUACCCGAGCAGAGAGACAGACUGGGAGAGAACGAGAGACAGAGAGAACGAACCCCCUAAUUAUCAGCAUAAUACACAACACACUACACGUAAUCAUUUUUAUUAAAGUGUAUAAAAUUUAAAAUGAACAAUGUUAAUGAUGCUAUUGAUUUAAUAAUGGAUUUGUGUAAUCAGCUAACAAAACGACUUCUUUAAUUAAUUGUCUUGUGUAUCCUUUUUGUCUCGUGAAUAUGUUCAUUUAAAAUCUGUUUGUCAGGGUGAAUGACCACAAAGAGGAUCCUUAACCGUAAAGGUGCAAGCAACUGGAUUCAAUUUGUGGUUAUAUUCCCCAGAAGUGACAAUUGGUUGUCUUCUUAAUAUUUUUUUGACCCAAUUAUAACCAUUUAAUUGUAAUAAAUACUAUUAGAUUAUUGUGGCCUGUUCCUCAUCGCUAGCUAGGUUAGAGCCAUAACCUUACACUGCCAGACAAAAUGUAAGAAAGCAACAUAAACAAGGCUUUACCAUCAUAUAGUUAAACCUGAAGAUCAUUCAAUGUGUAAUAAUGUUGUAACACUGAACUACUGUACACUAACAUUAGACUCCAUAGCAGUCUCAAACUCCGGAUAUUA